AUAAGGAGGAGAGAUUCAGGGACCUGGUAUUUGACUUGUUAGAAUCUCUUAUUACGUAGAGUCUUCGUCCUUUUGAUUCUCUCAGACCGUGAUUCCCAAAUUCUCUGAUCAGAGAAAUUGCUCCCUCUCUUUGAUUAAAGACGACCCAAAUAGUCUCAGGUGCGAUGGCUGUGACGGUGAAGCAGAUGGCUGUGACGGUGGGCUUUUUUGGUGUCAUGUCUUUCAUUUUUGGGAUUAUUGCGGAAAACAGUAAGCCUGCAUCUGGAAUACCAGUGCCAGGGAAAGAUGUGGUUGUUUGCAAGUAUCCUUCUGAUCCUUCAGUGGCGUUGGGAUAUCUGUCAUUUGCUUUUCUCAUUGUAUCUACAGUGGUUGGGUUCUUGUCACUGUUUUACCCGUAUCAAGGGAAGUUCCUUCCACAAGCUGCUUUGUUCCGGAGCAAGAGUUUUGUUGUCUUCUUCAAUAUCUCUUUGCUUACAGCAGGACUAGCUGCAGCUCUAUUGCUAUGGACUACAAUAACCGAGCAACUUCAUCGAUCACGAAAUGUUCACUAUAAUCUUGAAACACAGUGCCCAACCGCUAAGACUGGUCUUCUUGGUGGAGGUGCUUUCGUAUCCCUUGAUUCAUCCCUUUUCUGGUUGGUCGCCCUCAUGUUGGCCGACAAUGCCCGAGAGGACUACUUUGAGGAGUCCGAUAAGGAUGUCAAGAGUAGUGCUUAUGAAGAGGUACACGGGGCUGAUUAUGGAAAUGUCAUAAAAGGCAGUGCUUGAAGUCCAUCGCCAUAGCAAGAACGGCUCUAAUGCAUAGCUCUCUGUCUUCCUUUAGGUUCAAUAUUUAUGCUCAUAAGCUUGUAAAUCAAGCAACUUUAGACAGUAGAAUUGAUUGUAUAUUGAUGACAGUUAUGCACUCCCUAGUGGCUAUGAACUCAGUCGUAAGAGCAUGAAUAAGCCUUUUAACCUCUCUGUACCUUUUCAUUCA